AUGGACCGCGUCCUCGAACGCACGCCGGAGGGCACCUCGCCACGGACCUUUGCCCUCAACCACCAGAGACCUAAGAGGACCUAUGCUGGAUGCUCGCGCAUAGCCGACUAUGAGCUCUUGGGGAAGCUGGGUGAGGGAACCUUUGGCGAGGUGCAUCGGGCCCGUUCGCGGAAGUCCGGAUCGAUCGUGGCGCUGAAGAAGAUCAUCAUGCAUCACGAGAAAGAUGGGUUCCCAAUUACGGCGUUGCGAGAAAUCAAGCUACUCAAGCUCUUGUCACACGAGAAUGUCCUUCGCCUCGAGGAUAUGGCCGUGGAGCAUCCAACGAAAGCCACCGAUAAGCGCAAGAAGCCCAUCAUGUACAUGGUGAUGCCGUACAUGGAUCACGACCUUUCAGGUCUGUUGGAGAAUCCAUCCGUACAUUUCAAAGAGGGGCAGAUAAAGUGCUACCUCCUGCAGCUGCUGCGAGGCCUGAGCUACCUUCACGACAAGAACAUUCUCCAUCGCGAUAUGAAGGCGGCCAACAUUCUCAUCAACAACCAGGGCCUGCUGCAAAUAGCUGAUUUCGGACUGGCUCGACACUACGAAGGACCUCCACCUGUCCGUGGCCUAAACCGAGGCGAAGGGCGGCGCGAUUACACUAGUCUUGUGGUCACGCGCUGGUACAGACCUCCCGAAUUACUACUCCAGUUGAAGCAGUACACCACCGCAGUAGACGUCUGGGGAGUCGGGUGCAUCUUCGCCGAGAUGAUCGUGGGAAAGCCGAUCCUGGCGGGUGAAAGCGACACACAUCAGCUCGAGCUCAUCUGGGAUCUUAUGGGGUCACCCACCGAUGAGAACAUGCCUGGUUGGAAGUCGCUCCCCGGCGGCCAAAGCCUGACACCUCGUCCUCGAACUGGGAACCUCCAGAACAGGUUCAGAGAUGCUGGAACAGGAGCUAUCAGCUUGCUGAAGGAGCUAUUGCGAUUGGACUGGAAAACCAGGAUCAACGCGGUCGAUGCCAUGGAGCAUCCGUUCUUCCAGAUGCAGCCACUGCCCAUGAAGCCUCACGAAAUCCCCACAUACGAGGAGAGUCACGAGCUGGACCGUAGAAAGUUCCACGACCGCAAAGCCAAUCUGCCGCCGGCGCCUAAGGGCGGUACUGUUGGUAUCGGGCCCGACGCCAAUGGCGCGACGGCGGGUUUCAACAGCGACGGCUACGUUAGAAAUGGUGGUGCACCGAACAAUGGGCGGUUCCGUGAUGAUCGGCGGCCACCGUGGCCACGAGACCGCGGGCCACCGCCAAGCAGGCCACCACCAGGGCUGAAGACGAUGGGCGACGUCGAGAUGAUCGACCGAGGGAUGACAGGCGGCCUCGACCUCCUAGGGACGAGUAUCGACGGACGCGCAGCCGCAGUCGAUCUCCGGGCCUGGAUCGACGCGAUCGAGAACGGGAACGCGCUGAGGUUUACCGCAGGUAGCAACAGCUAG